CGCGCCUCAACUAACGUAUAUCAAGUAAGAGUUGGAAUCCUGCAGUGAAAGUUAAGUUCGAGGCUUGCGAGAUCAGCAGGCAGUGACUGAGGGUGUUGCUCGACCUGGUCACAGUGCGCUUGCACUUACUUGCAUCAGAACUCGCGCUUUCACUACGAGCAACCAUCAACAAAUCCUCAACUUCCAUCAUUUCGACAGUCUACUAGGCCACUCUGAAACAUCCUGAGCACUUUCGCAGCGACUGUUUUGCUGCGCCUGAGGAAGGUGGGACUAAAUUUGCGAACAACCUCAUCCAACUCUAUCAUCGACGGUAUCUCACUAUGGCCAUCGCAGAGGACGCUGCCACUAUUCUCGAGCAGUUCAUUCAUGAUGUCGCCAAUCUCCCAGCAGAAAUCACGCAUCUCUAUGAGGAGGUGCAGGCAAAAGAUGCACAAAUCCAAGAACUACGGGCAGCGAUUCAGCAACGCGACAAUAGUCUUCAGAAGUUCAUCAAGCUAAACGGCAGUCUGGUCGUGAACCCUAAGGAGGAGCCCUACAACAAGGUCGUUAUCCAGAACUACGAACGAGCACAGAUUCUGCAAGAGGAGAAGAUUGGUCUAGUAGAAAAAGCAGCCGCACUUCUCGAUCGAUACGUGAAGCGACUGGACAUCAAACUGCGAGAUCUCCAGAGCGAUGGAUCUAUACCUGCAGAUCCACAGAUGCCUUCCCUGCUUAAAGACUCACCAGGAAAUCUAGUACCCCCUCUAUCAUCGUCAAAUACAGGCGCUAGCAUUCCACUACACCCGGUCUCUGGCAACCAAGGUGGAGGUGCCCCCAAUCUUGCGCAGGCAGCUGCAAUCGCACGCAUCACAAACGCCACAAACGCGAACAUCAACCCAAGAGCAGCGCCGAUGCAGAACAUGCAGACACAAGCUCUGCUGAACCAGCAGCGACUAACGAACGCACAAAGCGCGAUCCAAGCUAGUGCACGAUCAGAACGGGAGCUGUCAGCAGGAAGUGACAGCAAGCGACGCCGACCAACAGGCAACAUUGGGCCUCUCCCAGCAGCCCCCUCAUCUCUAGGUCGACAAGGCUCAACUGGGCCGGGAACGCCCAAACCAUCAACUCCAGGUUCACGUGCUGGCAGCGUAGGACCAAGACAUGCUCUCACAGUAAAGAAGGCUAAGCCGCAGCAACCAUUGCGCAAGGCUGCCCUGACCGCCAAGUCUGGGGUCAGCAAGAAGCGUCGCAAGGGUGGAUCGAGAGCUUCACCCUCCACGACAGCUGAGGAUGAAAGCGUAGCCAGCGAUGCUGGUACAGAGGACGAGGAAAUGUCUGGUGUUGCUGGAGACCCAGAGGAGGAGGAAUCUGACGACACCAAGUACUGCUUUUGUCAACGCGUUAGUUUCGGUGACAUGGUGGCUUGCGACAACGACAACUGUCAGUAUCAGUGGUUCCACUGGGAAUGUGUGGGGAUCAAGGAGGAGCCAGUGGGCGAUUGGCUGUGCCCUGAGUGCAAGAAGCAGCCGGCACAAAAGAUCAAGCGGGUGCGUUAACGUUGUGGCGCAUUCCAGAUAUCUACCGGCAGCGGGAGAGGCGUUGGAAACGGCAACCACGACCGGCGUGUCGCCCAAGCUCUUUGGUCUUGUUAUAUACCCUUAUG